AUGCAAAUAUAUAAUAUUGGACGAAUUAUAAAAAAUAUAUACAUAAAAUAUCUAGUUUGUACCACCUGCUACUACUAAUUAUCAACUCAUUACCCUCAACUUUUUCAGCACUUUUGGCAAUUCAUUCUAACAAACUCAAGUUCUGUUUCUCUGGACAAACACAAAGUUCAUUUCCAUUGAUUCGAAAAGAAGCCCGAGAUGGAGAAAUUGUAUCAAGCAGCUGUUUCAGUUAAUUGGGAGAAAGAGUCUUACCCUGAGUACAAAGAUUUGAUUUUUCUUUUCUUUUUCGCUCUCUUCUUCCCCAUCGUUCGAUUCAUACUCGACAGAUUUGUUUUCGAGGCAUUGGCUACGCGCAUGAUUUUUGGAAAUACGCAAAGGUUGGUAAAUAUCAAUGGCGGUAGGAGGAGGAGGAUCAACAAAUUCAAAGAGUCAGCAUGGAAAUUAGUAUAUUUUUUAUCUGCUGAGAUAUUGGCACUUGCUGUUACUUGUAAUGAGCCUUGGUUCACAAAUACUCGAUAUUUUUGGUCAGGACCUGGAGAUCUGGUUUGGCCUGAUCUAAAAAUGAAAUUAAAGCUGAAAGGGUUGUACAUGUAUGCUGGAGGGUUCUACUUAUACUCCAUAUUUGCAUUGCUUUACUGGGAAACAAGACGCAAAGAUUUUGCUGCCCAAAUGGUUCAUCACAUAACAACAGUAUCACUCAUUGUGUUGUCUUACAUUUUCGGGUUAACCCGUGUUGGAGCAGUGGUUCUAGCAAUUCAUGACGGAAGUGAUGUAUUCAUGGAAAUUGCAAAGAUGUCAAGAUACAGUGGCUUCCAAAGGAUUGCUGAUAGAUUCUUCUUAAUUUUCGCAUUAUCUUUUGCAUCACUUCGUAUAAUCUGCUUUCCCUUCUGGGUACUCCGAAGCACAUGCUACGAAAUUCUUUUCAUAGUGGACACAGAGAAGCACCGCGCUGAAGGAACCAUACUUUACUUUUUGUUCAAUUCACUGCUGGUGGGCUUGCUUGUUCUUCACAUCUUUUGGAUGAGACUCAUAUUACGGAUGGUUAAUGGUCUCAUAACAAAAGGCCACAUUACUGAUGAUGUCCGAUCAGAUUCUGAAUCCGAUGAUGAGCACAAAGACUAAUCCUUCAGCAACUAAGAUUAAAAAAAAAAAAAAAAAAAAAAAAAAAAAAAAAACAUGGAUUAUGAUGCAGCAAAGGUUCGAGGCAUUAUAGGCGUCGCUGGAAAGUAUUUCGUGUUGGGGGCACCAUUAAUUGAUGUUGAUGAACAAUUAAACUAGGAAAAUUACAGCCUCCCUUUAUUCGGAGUUCCAAUCAUGUGUAUUUUGCCUAUAUGUAUAAAAACGAGUUUCAUUAUUGGAAUUAUGAACUCUUCGGAUGAACUUUCAAUUUAA